UUGUAGAAAAGUGGUACUGCCCUUCUCGAUAAGUGUUGCAGGCCGAGCCUGAGCCUGGGUUGGUCAUUUGCGAGUUGGGCUGUGUGCGUUGGGGCUGUCGCUGUGUCCCAGGGAAAAGUUCCUCUGCAAAGGAGGAGCAGUAACUCCGGGACAUGUUCCCGAGGCAGGGAAGGUCCCUGCCUGCGCCGUCCUUGAGCUGCUCGGGGCGCGCUGCCGCCCGCCCGUGAGCGGAGGGCCGGGGGUUUAAAUGGGAACCGCAUUCCUGGCCCCUCGUGCCUCUGCUUUCCGGCAGCUGUAGCGUUUCCUUGGCAUCGGCUGAAGUGUAGGGUGUGUUUUUUCCAUCUCUUACGUCGUAGCUCUUUGCUACAAGAUAAUGAAUUGUCUCAAAUGAGUGAAAACACUGUCUGUCUGUCCGUCCGUCCGUCCCCAGGCGCGAUGUGCCCGGCGCUGGCGAAGGAGGCCCCGCAGGAGGAGGGCGAGGGCGGCUCCCGGAGGAGCGGCUGGGGCCUGCUGGUCACGGCCGGUGUGGGGGGGACCUUGGUGGCUCUCUAUGCUGUGGCCACCCCCUUCGUGACCCCGGCCCUGAGGAAGGUGUGCCUGCCCUUCGUUCCUGCCACCGCCACUCAGAUCCAGAAUGUGCUGAAAAUGUUGGAAAACAGAAGUGGCUCCCUAGUUGACAUUGGUAGCGGGGAUGGCCGCAUUGUGAUAGCAGCUGCAAAAAAGGGAUUCCAGGCUGUUGGUUAUGAAUUGAAUCCCUGGCUAGUCUGGUACUCCAGAUAUCGUGCCUGGAGAGAUGGAGUACAUCAGAACACCAAAUUUUAUAUUUCAGAUUUAUGGAAGGUUUCUUUUUCCCAUUAUAGAAAUGUUGUUGUUUUUGGAGUACCUCAAAUGAUGCCACAGCUGGAGAAGAAGCUAGAAGAAGAACUUGAAUGUAAUGCCAGGAUCAUUGCCUGUCGCUUUCCUUUCCCUUGCUGGAUUCCAGAUCAUACUACUGGAGAGGGAAUAGACACUGUGUGGGCCUAUGAUUUGAAACAUUCUAGAGCAUGUGAAACAAAAAGCUUGGAAAUUACACCAAAGACAGAAUCUUAAACAUUGAAUUUGAUUUCUUACAGAAAUUUUUAGCUUUGACUGGACCUGUUGAAGAUAAGAUUAACAUGGAGAGAGCCGUGGCAUAUGAAGAUGUGUAUUCACUAUAAGAACUGAAGUACAGUGGCUAUCUGAAAGCACAAAAAGGUUCCUGAAAGGUGUAGUGAAUGGUUUAAUAUGAUGUCCUGGUUUAACUCCAUCUAACAGUGGAGUACCACACAGAUGUUCACUCACCCCAGUCCACAGACUCCCCCAGUGGGAUGGGAAAGAAAACUGAAAAAAAGGUCAUACCCAUGGCCAUGGACUGAGAUAGGAAUAGUUUAAUAAUUGAAAUAAAUUUACUAAUAAUAACAACAACAACAACAACAACACGAGACAAGUAAAACCCAAGAAAGAUAAGUGAUGCACAAUACCCUUGCUCAGCACCCACUGAUGGAUGCCCAGCCCAUCCCAGAGCAGCAACUGCCAACUCUCCCCAGUUUAUAUACUGGGCGUGGUGUUCUGUGGUGUGGAAUAUUUCUUUGGCCAGUUCAGCUCAGCUGUCCUGGCCACGCUUCCUCCUGGCUUCUUGUGCACCUCCUUGUUGGCAGAACAUGAGAAACUAAAAAGUCCUUGGCUUGGAGUAAGCACUGCUGAGCAUGAACUAAACCAUUAGUGUAUUAAUCAGGAUUAGUCUUUUCUACCACAGUGCUGUACCAGCUAACAGGAAGAAAAUCAACUCCCAGCUGAAAGUUGUUAGUCAAAAUUAUGAAAAAGUUUUUACAGAAGAGGAAAACUUCAAUAUAGAAAAGGGUUUAGAGCACCAUUCACUACAGUUAAGGGGAAUAUAUGAAUAAGUUCAAAUACUCAAGUUUGUGAACUUAAUAUAUAUUUUCUUUCUGACCCUACAGAACAUUUGGUAUUGGUGUUGGAAUGAUGUGCAAUGUCUUCUCAAAUGAGCUGUAUUUCAAAAAUGUCUGAAUUUUGUAUGCCAAGUACACAGUGCUGCAUACACAAAACUGGUCCAGAUGGAGUAUGAUGAUGACACCAAUGUUUUGCACCACAGCCUUGAAUGUGUACUUUUGAAAGUUGAGUAUGACAAAAUGGGCAAAUAUAAUAAGUUGUUUGUUCAUUAACACAAGUGCUGCCUCUGAUUAUAUAAAUGGUUUUUUAUUUAACUUGUGUUCUGUUUUAGCAUCUGCUGGAAAAUAAACUCCAAGUAAGCCACUCCCCUUCUCCUUUACCUCUUUCAGUAAGGGAGGGGCAAAAGCAGAACUUGUGGGUUAAGGUAGCAAUUUACUGAAAGCACAAAGCAAGAAUAAGACAUGGCAUAGUAACAACAGCAAUAUUAAUAGUAAAGGAUACAAAAAGAAGGUAUUUUAGUGACAAAAACAAGUGUUCACCACUGGGAACAAGAAUAAUGGUGGAUGCUUCCAGUAGAUUGUGUCCUCGGACCAAAGGCAGCAUAAUAGCUGGGCAGGCAAAACAGCCAACUCGCAGUGGAGCACCAGGGUUUUCCUUUGGAAACCAUGCCCUCCACCGAUGGCAUCGCAUGGUACAGAGUAACAAGUUGGUCGUGGUGCUAAGCUCU